AUGCAUCUCCUCCACCACCACCACCGCCACCGCCAUUCUCCAUUCCCAGACCACAAGAAAAUGAGCACAAAAAGAAGCCACUCUUGUGUAAUUUCAUGCAAGAUUCUCCCACCUCGACCUCAACCUCCUAACCUGCUACUGCAAAAACAGUCGACGUCAUCAUCUCCUCCCUUCUCAUUAUUAACUCCAUUUUCCCCUCCCCAUUUGAAUCCCCUUCAGAGAAUUGCAGCCGCAGCCCUCGACUUACUCGAAACCUUCAUUCUCAUCAAACUGGAAAGGAAUCAAAUAACCGUAAGCCCCACGAUCGAUCCAGCGGUUCAGCUCGCCGGAAACUUCGCGCCGGUCCAGGAAUGCCCGGUCCGCCACGAUCUCCAAGUUGUGGGAACCAUUCCCAAGACUCUCCAAGGCGUGUACCUCAGGAACGGCGGAAACCCCUUUCUCCCACCCACCGGCGGGCAUCACUUGUUCGACGGGGACAGCAUGAUCCAUGCUCUCACUCUCAACCCCACGAACCGGGCGACCUACGCUUGCCGGUUCACUCGAACGAACCGGCUGAUUGCUGAGGCCGGUUUGGGGAGGAACAUUUUCCUCAAGCCCAUCGGCGAGCUACGUGGCCAUUUAGGGUUGGCUCGGCUGGCCCUCUUCGGCGCACGUGCUAUGGUUGGGCUUGUGGACGAGUCGAACGGCGUCGGCUUGGCUAACGCCGGCUUGGUAUACUUUAACGGUCGGAUUCUCGCAAUGUCCGAAGAAGACCUUCCCUACAUAGUCCGUGUUGGCGAAGAUGGUGAUCUUGAGACGAUCCAACGGUACGAUUUCGACGGACAGAUCAAUGAUAAAUCCCUAAUUGCACAUCCCAAGGUGGAUCCCGAAACUGGGGAUUUCUACACUCUGAGCUACAAUGUUCUUACAAAGCCAUAUCUUAAAUUCUUCAAAUUCAGCAAAUGGGGGGAGAAGGCACGUGAGAUAGAGAUUUCCCUCCCGCAUCCCACAAUGGUUCACGACUUUGCCAUCUCAGAAAGUCACGUGAUCAUCCCGGAUCAUCAAAUUGUAUUCAAGCUAUCGGAGAUGCUACGCGGCGGGCCGCCAUUGAUGUACGAGCCAAGCAAAGUUGCAAGAUUUGGUGUCCUCCCCAAAAAUGCAGCUGAUGAAUCGAUGAUGCAAUGGAUACAAGUGCCCGGUUGCUUUUGCUUUCAUAUGUACAAUGCGUGGGAAGAGUACAACAAGCAAGGCCACAAGAUCAUCGUGGUGAUCUCGUCGCGCAUGACACCUCCCGAUUCCAUCUUUUCGGAUGGCUCCGAUGAACCUCUGAAAACUGAAUUGUGUGAGAUUAGGUUAAACUUAGCAACAAAUGAGUCGGCACAUAGGGUUAUUGUGGGCGGAAUGAAUCUGGAAGGAGGACAAGUAGAGAAACGGGUAGUUGGGAAGAAAGCUCGAUAUGUGUACUUGGCAAUAGCUGAUCCGUGGCCUAAGUGUAGUGGAAUUGCUAGGGUCGAUUUGAGCAGCGGUGAGGUGACAAAAUAUUUAUAUGGGGAGGGAAAGUAUGGGGGAGAGCCGUGCGUUGCGGGGGGAGACGGAGAUGGAGAUGGAGAUGAAGGGUAUGUUAUGAGUUUUGUGAGGGAUGAAGAGAUGGAAACAUCAGAGUUUGUGAUUGUCAAGGCUUCCACAAUGGAACAAGUUGCUCUCAUUAAGCUGCCUGCAAGAGUUCCCUAUGGCUUCCAUGGCACAUUUAUUACUUCUCAAGAAUUAAGUAAACAAGCAUUUGCUUGA